GCAUUUUAUGUUUUAAUUGAAUGCAUCUCAGGUGUGCUUUUACUUGUUGUACAUCAUUCUCCUGGUUAAGCCAUAUGCUUUACAAGAGCUCAGAAAAAGCAAGAAGUAAUAGCAGUGUUGCUGAUUACAUUCUACAGGAUGAGGCUGGAGGCUGUGGCUCUGCUUGUGUUGAUAAGCUUUGCUUACUCUCAAGACGAUUGCAAUGUUGGCUCAUGUUAUCCACCUCUUGGAGACUUGCUUAUGGGUCGCAACAGUCGGCUCUCUGCCUCCUCCACCUGUGGCCAGAAUGGACCUGAAACAUAUUGCAUCCUAAGUCACUUACAGGAUGAUAAAAAGUGUUUUACAUGCGAUUCAAGAUUACCUUUCAAUCCUGUCAGCUCCACCUUCAGCCAUCGCAUUGAAAAUGUGAUCACAGCUUUUGAACCUGAUCGGAAAAAGAAAUGGUGGCAGUCAAAAAAUGGUGUUCACCAUGUUAGUAUCCAGCUGGACCUGGAGACACUUUUUCAAUUCAGUCAUCUGAUUCUUUCCUUCAAGACUUUUCGUCCGGCAGCGAUGCUCGUGGAGAAAUCAUCAGAUUACGGUCAAACAUGGAAAGCCCUACGAUACUUUGCAUAUGACUGUGUGCGCUCCUUCCCAAACAUCAAUACUGCCCCUGCGCAGAAAGUGGGUGACAUAAUAUGUGAUUCAAAAUACUCUGACCUUGAACCCUCUACAGAUGGAGAGAUUGUUCUGAAAGCAUUGGAUCCACAUUUCGAAAUCCAUAAUCCAUACAGUCCCGAGAUACAAGCUCAAAUAUCAUUUACCAAUCUGCGGAUAAAUUUCACCCAACUGCACACUCUGGGUGAUACACGAUUGCGGCGAAGGCAAGCUAGACCGGAUGAAAAGUAUUAUUAUGCUCUGUAUGAGAUGGUUGUUCGAGGAAGCUGCUUCUGCUAUGGACAUGCCAGCCACUGUAUUCCAGUUGAUAAUAUAAGGGGUGAUGUUUUCAACCAACAAGGAAUGGUUCAGGGAAAAUGCGUCUGUCAGCACAAUACAGAAGGUAUCAACUGCGAGAGGUGUAAGGACUUGUUCAACGAUUCACCAUGGCAACCAGCUAGAGGAACAGAGGCAAAUGAAUGUAAAAGAUGUAACUGCAAUGGACAUUCGGAAAGAUGUCAUUUUGACAUAGCUGUAUACUUGGCCAGUGGAAGUGUAAGUGGUGGGGUCUGUGAGGAUUGUCAACACAAUACAAUGGGUCAAAACUGUGACCAGUGCAGGCCCUUCUUCCAUCAGGACCCUGGAAGAACAAUUUCUGACCCAUAUACGUGUGUCCCCUGCAACUGUGAUCCUGAAGGCUCGGUGAACAAUGGGAUGUGUGAAGGUCACACAGAUCUGCAUCUUCGUACAGUUGCUGGCCAUUGCAUUUGUAAAAGAAAUGUAGAAGGAAGAAGAUGUGAUCAUUGUCGUUCUGGGUAUUUUGGCCUGAAUGCUGCCAAUGUUGAAGGAUGUGAGGAUUGUGGGUGUGAUCCCAGAGGCAGUGUGUUAACACACUCGGCCUGUGACCCAGUCACUGGAGAGUGCCAGUGUCAACGAACCGUCACUGGAAGGAAUUGUGAUCAGUGUCUGCCGAACUACUGGGGACUUGGCAAUAGUCUCUAUGGUUGCUCCCCCUGUGACUGUGACAUUGGAGGGGCCUAUGAUAAUGUUUGUUCCCAGCAAGAUGGACAAUGUCGGUGUCUACCCAACAUCAUCAGCCUCCAGUGUAAUGAACCAGCACCUGGUUACUUUUUCCCUCCGCUGGAUUACUACUUGUACGAAGCUGAGUUUGCACAACCAUUAGGCAACAGCGCUUCCUUCGUGGUGAGGCCAACAUCUAUGCCGUCAUGUGAUGAGUAUUUACGGCAGCAAGGCUACAACUAUCGGGUGGAUGAAGGCAGACUGAUACUUCAAAGGAUUGCUAAACGUCAUUUGAGGCAUCAGAGGAAGAGGCAAACAGUGAAUCCAGAUUUCCAGGUGCAGAUUAUUCCUAGGGAAGCUACACCUGAUCGGCCUGCUACCUGGACUGGCCUGGGAUUUGCCCGUGUACCCCAUGGAACAGGACUGCGGUUUAGAGUGGAUAAUAUUCCAUACCCAGUGGAUUUCACAGCUGCCAUUCGCUAUGAGACAGAGACGUCUGAGGAUUGGACAGCUCAUGUUCGGGUUCAGCCAAAGAACCAGCGUGAGAGCCAGUGCAGAAAUAACGUGCCCUCAGCUUAUACUCUCACCUUGCCAGCCACAGCCAGAAUGGCAAUUCUUCAAGCCCCCAUCUGUCUGGAGCCACAUGUACAGUAUAUGGUGGACAUUUAUUUCAACCAUUCUCCUGCUCAGGACAAUCAGCCCAUCAAUCACAUCUUGAUCGAUUCUUUGGGUUUGAUUCCAAAGAUUGACUCCCUGGAGAAUUUUUGCACCAAAACAGACCUGGAUGAGUACAGUCGAUACCAAUGUGUUGAGAUUGCUUCUCAAAUCGGAGCCGAGGCACUGCCAGAAGUGUGUGAGAAGCUGAUAACCAGCAUGUCUGCUCGGAUCCAUGGUGGAGCUGUUGCCUGCCGCUGUAACCCUGAGGGGUCAGUCGGUCCCACGUGCAGUACAUUUGGUGGGCAGUGCCAGUGUAAGCACGGUGUCAUCGGGCGAUGCUGUGACUCCUGCGCACCAGGGUUUUAUGGAUUUGGGGCCAAUGGCUGUUCAGCCUGUGACUGUGACAGGCAAGGAUCUGUUGAUUCUGUCUGUGAUCAGAUAACUGGACAAUGUGGUUGCCACAGGAAUAUUGUUGAUCGUACUUGUGACCGUUGCCCACCUGGUCAUCAUGUGUUUCCCAGUUGCCUGCCAUGUCAGUGCAAUGGCUAUUCUGAGUACUGUGAUUCUUGGACAGGCGUCUGCCAGAACUGUAGAGCAUUUACCAGUGGAAACAAUUGCGAACGAUGUGCAGAUGGUUUCUAUGGAAACCCAACUUUAAAUGAACCCUGUCAGCCCUGUAUGUGCCCCGAUAUUCCAAACAGUGGACUCUAUUUUGCCCAUUCUUGUUAUGAAGACACUCAAAAUAAAGAACAGAUCUGUAACUGCCUGGAGGGCUACACAGGACUCCAUUGUGAGAGAUGUUCCCCUGGUUUCUAUGGCUCUCUUUCUGGGAUUGGUGAUCGCUGUCUGCCUUGUAGAUGUAAUGAUAACAUAGAUGAGAGAGAUCCAGACGCUUGUGACCAUCGGACGGGCGAGUGCUUGAAAUGCCUGUAUAAUACCUUUGGUGAAAAUUGCCAGAUUUGCAGGCCAGGGUAUUAUGGAUUGGCAGUGAACAAGGAAUGCAAAGAGUGUUCUUGCAAUGGCAUUGGAGUUGAUGCGAGGCAGUGUCUUUCCAAUGGUUUAUGUAUAUGUGAUCAGGACACCGGCCACUGUCCGUGCCUGCCUCAUAUGAUCGGGAGAAAUUGCGAAAAAUGUGCUCCAGGUUUCUGGAAUCUGCCCAGCAGAAGAGGGUGUGAACCAUGUCAUUGUGACCCACAGAAUUCUGACAGCACUCAGUGUGAUGAGUUUACUGGGCAAUGCCAGUGCAAGGAUGGCUAUGGGGAAAAGACAUGUUCUGAAUGCCAGGAUAAUUAUUAUGGUGAUCCAAAGGUGCAGUGUAACCCAUGUAACUGCAAUUUUGGAGGAACCGAAAGGCCAGCCUGUAACAAGACAACAGGGGACUGUAACUGUCGUGAAGGGGUGUCGGGACAACACUGCAACAAAUGUGCCUGGGGUCACUGCAGGGAGUUUCCAAAAUGCAUGGAGUGUCACCCUUGCUUUAAAUUGCUAGAUGAAGAGAUUUGUGCAUUAAUCCCAGCAAUGGAACGACUGUCCAAUAAGACCUCCACAGUCAGUGGAAAGCUGGGGCCUCUCUACGAUGAACAGUUUAAAGAACUCGAAAAAAAAAUUACUGAGAUCGCCAAACUUCUGAAUGGUUCUGUUGCUUCCCCUGAGGCAUUCCAAGAAACAAAGAAUUACUUUGAAAAGAUCAGGAAAAACAAAAUGCAGAUUGAUCCAAAUGUGAAUGUCUCCAAAGACCCGAAGGAGCUCAACAGAGUAAUUGAUGAUCUUAACAAGGAACUUGACAAGCUCAUAGAGGAUUUGAAUCAUUUAAAAAAGAAGCCCACAGUAAAAAUCAACUUGAACGGAAGCUUUGACGAUAUUGAAAUGUUCUACCAGAUUUCAAAAGCCUCUCAAGAAAAAGCGAAUGUUUCAGAAUUACUAAAUAUUUCAGAAUCUAUAAGAGAAAAAGCAUCUGCCUUGUUAGACAAUGCAACGUUUACUGAUAAAGAUAAACUUAAUGAACUGAAGCAAAAUACUGAACUAUUGGAUUUGAGAGUGGCAAAUAAUCUGAUUUGUGGAGCACAGGGAAAUCUAUCCUGUGACAAUGAUCCAUGCGGAGGAGCUUUAUGUCAUGAUGAUGCUGGGAAUAAAAAAUGUGGCGGCCCAAACUGUAACAGCACAUUGUUUAUGGCAAGUGAUGCAAAAAAACGUGCUGUGGAAACAACCGAUCAGAUGGCCCAGCUCCUUAACAAACUGCAUUAUACAAUUAGCAAGAUUGAUUCUAUCAGAAACAUCACACUAGAAACUAAGGAAAAGGCAACCAAGUUGGCAGAUCAGUUAGCUAAGACCAAGGACGAACUUGAAAAGGAGAAAGAAGAAACUAAAGACAUCAUCAGAAUGGUGAAAGAGUUUCUCACAGCUGAUGGUGUAUCUUCUGAGGAUCUGGAAAAAAUUGCGAACUAUGUUCUUUCUAUCAAGAUACCUAUAACUCCCGAGGAAUUGAAGAACAAAAGCAAGCAAAUUCAGGACAUUCUUUCUGAAAUGAAAGGCAUUGAUAAAGAUGUGGAAAGGCUAAAUGACCGCUCUCAAGAAGCCAAGAUACUAUUGAACCGUGCAAUAAAAGCCGAGAAAGCAGCUCAAGAGAUUCCAAGCCCUGCAGAACUGCUGAAAGAACUGGAUAAAAUAAAAGAAGUACAACUCAAAGUUGUGGACACCGUGAGAAAGAUCACCAGUGAUCUAAACAAUUCCAAGACAAAACUUUCACAGUUUGAUGACAAAAUAAAAUCAAUUACUGACAACCUCAUGCAUGUCAUGAACAAUAUAAGAACGUUUCAAAAUGAAAUUGAAGAAUUGAAGAACAAGACCCAAAGCAACAAGAUAUCAACUGAAAAUGCAAUGGAAAAAGCAAAUGAAGCCAGGAUUCAUGCUGAUGAAGCUGAACAAGAAUUUAAAACAAUGAAUGAGAUGUACGUAAAAUUAAGCAAACUGAAAAUACAAGAGAUUCCAGUCGAUGGAAAACAAAAAGCAGAACAAUUACAACAAGAGGCAAAUAAUCUGGUAAAAGACUUGGAAGACAAAAUGAGGAGGAUUACAGAACUGGAAAAGAAGAUAAAAGAUGGAAAUAGGAAACUAAAGGAAAAAUCUGAUUAUUUGUUGGAAUUAGAAAUGAACGUGACAAGCAUUAAAGGAUUUAUUGACGAUAAAAUCUACCUUUACAAUAAUUGUCUCCCAUAAUAAACUAGUAAUGCAGCUUUUCAUUGUCACUUACCCUUUGUAACUAUUAAAAUUAAAAUUUUACAAAAUAUUGUAUUAAAAUUUGAAUGCUAACAAUGUGAUAUUUCAUAAGAAUUGUCAUAUUCUCUGCAGUUGAAUUACAAACACUACAUAAACACAUUAUAUACAAACCAUUGAUAUAUUUGUUCUUGAUUAUUCAUCCAAAAUUUAUUCUAGGUUGAAAUGUAACUAAUUUAAAAUCAAAUAAAUGAUUGGGAACCUGCAA